GUUCCCCCUUCCGGGCAUCGCCCCGGGCCGGACCGGGCUCGGUGCCAUCGCGGCGCUGCCGCCUGGAGCCCGCCGGGCGUCCGGCCCCGGGGCUCUGCAUCGGUCCCUGCAUCGGCCCCGGGGCUCCGCUCUGGCAGCAGCCGGGGAGGGUCCGGUCGCAGCCGUGCGGCCGCCGGGGAAUCGUUAACACGGAGAGGGGCAGCGCCCGGGGGGUCCCGCACCCCUUCGCUGCCGCCCCGGGCACCCCGGACCCCCCCCCCCCCCCCCGGCGUGUCCCGAACCGGGCCGUGCCCACAUCCCCGCUCCUCCCCGACCCCGUGCUCCGGGGCCAGACUACAGCUCCCGGCGGCCCCCGGGCGCCCGUCCCCGCCGCUUCCCGCCGCCUCUUUCCCGCCAUGGCGCGGUUCGAGCCGGCGGCGCUGCCGGAGCUGCUCCCGGUCUUCUACCGGCGGCUCUUCCCGCACGGCGCCUACGGCCGCUGGCUCGGCUACGGCGGCGUGGUGAAGAACUACUUCCAGCUGCGGGAAUUCUCCUUCACACUGCGGGACGAUGUCUACGUGCGGUUCCAGUCCUUCGGCAGCCCCCAGGAGCUGGAGCGGGAGCUGCAGAGGACCAACCCCUACAAGAUCGACAUCGGGGCUGUCUACUCCCACCGGCCCAACCAGCACAACACGGUGCAUCUGGGGGCCUUCCAGCCGCAGGAGAAGGAGCUGGUCUUCGACAUUGACAUGACGGACUAUGACGACGUCCGGACGUGCUGCAGCUCGGCCGAGAUCUGCUCCAAGUGCUGGACCCUGAUGACCAUCGCUGUCCGCAUCAUCGAUCGCGCGCUUGUGGAGGACCUGGGCAUGAAGCAUCGCCUGUGGGUGUACUCGGGCCGGAGGGGUGUCCACUGCUGGGUCUGCGACGACACGGUGCGGAAGUGGUCCCCGGCACUGCGGGCAGCCACCGUGGAGUACCUGACCCUGGUGAAGGGCGGAGCAGAGACCGUGAAGAAGGUGAACCUCUCCGAGCCCAUCCACCCCUUCAUCAGGCGGUCGGUCAGUGUGGUGGAGAAGUACUUUGAGGCAUACGCGCUGGUGGGCCAGGACAUCCUGGGCAGCCCGGAGAGCUGGGACAAGGUGCUGGCCCUUGUCCCGGAGGAGCACCGCGAGCCACUGCAGGGCGAGUUCCCCAAGAAGCGGGACUCGGUGCAGCGCUGGGAGCUGCUGAAGGGCAGGAUGGAGCGGGUGCGGCGGGUGGCGGCAGGCGGGAAGGGCAUGUCAUGCUACGCGGACUGGGAGAUCAUGCUGCAGUACUGCUUUCCCCGCCUCGACAUCAACGUCAGCAAAGGUGUCGGGCACCUGCUGAAGAGCCCUUUCAGCGUCCACCCCAAAACAGGUCGCAUUUCAGUGCCGCUGGAUCUGCAGAGGCUGGACCAGUUUGACCCAUUCGCUGUCCCCACCAUCAGUUCCCUGUGCCACGAGCUGGACGUGGCCGGCAAUGACGGGGAGCAGGAGGACGGCGGGGAGACAGAGCCAAAGCGCCGUGCACGGGACUACAAGAAGACGAGCCUGGCGCCCUAUGUGCGGGUCUUCGAGCAGUUUGUGGAGGAGAUGGAGCGCGCCCGGAGGGGAGAGCUGCUCCGGAGAAGUGACCUGCAAGGAGACUUCUGAGGCCUCACUGCCAGGAGCCACAGCAGCAGGCCCGAUCCUUGCCACAGGGCUGCCGAGGGACCAACUCCACCAUCGCUGCCCAUCGCUGCCUCCGCCAUUGUCGCUGCCAGCCGCGGGGGUCCUGGUGCCUUGGAGCAGGGAGCCUGCCAGCCGCUGGCCAAACCGCAACGCCUCCCUGCCCCGCUCCCCGUGGCCCCUUCCCGCCUUUUGUACCUUUUCUACGCAAAGACCAUUAAACGCCUGCGGUCA